GCUGGGGGCAGCCCUGUGGGGAGCCGCCGGAGCAGGAGUCCGCCUGCCGGGCCGGCAGCGGAGGCGGCAUGUGAGUGAGGGCUGGCGGGGGCCCAGGACGGCAGCGCGGGGAUGGGCCAGCAGGUGGGCCGCGUCGGGGAGCCGGGAGCCGGGCUCCAGCAGCAGCAGCCGCCGCCGCCUCAGCAGCCCAGGGGAGCGCGGGGGAGCAGCGCGGCCAGGCCCGCGGGCCGCAAGCGGGAGGCGGCCGGGCGCACCGCGGAGAGCGGCUUCAAUAUCUUCACCCAGCACGAGGCCCUUCACCGCCCCUAUGGUUGUGAUGUUGAACCCCAGGCACUGAAUGAAGCCAUCAGGUGGAGCUCUAAGGAGAACCUGCUUGGAACCACUGAGAGCGAUCCCAAUCUUUUUGUUGCACUUUAUGAUUUUGUAGCAAGCGGCGACAACACGCUCAGCAUCACCAAAGGUGAGAAGCUACGAGUUCUGGGUUACAACCAGAAUGGUGAAUGGAGUGAGGUAUGUUCUAAGAAUGGGCAGGGAUGGGUGCCAAGCAACUAUAUCACACCAGUGAACAGCCUGGAGAAGCAUUCCUGGUAUCAUGGGCCCGUGUCACGCAGUGCAGCAGAGUAUCUGCUGAGCAGCCUCAUCAAUGGCAGUUUCCUGGUUCGUGAAAGUGAGAGUAGCCCAGGGCAGCUGUCCAUCUCCCUCCGGUACGAGGGGCGUGUUUACCACUACAGGAUCAAUACCACCGCAGAUGGAAAGGUGUAUGUGACAGCCGAAAGCCGCUUCAGCACAUUAGCAGAGCUAGUUCACCAUCAUUCUACAGUGGCAGAUGGACUGGUGACAACCUUGCAUUACCCAGCACCCAAGUGCAAUAAGCCCACAGUCUACGGAGUGUCCCCCAUCCAUGACAAGUGGGAGAUGGAACGGACAGAUAUCACCAUGAAGCACAAACUUGGGGGAGGGCAGUAUGGUGAAGUGUACGUUGGUGUCUGGAAGAAAUACAAUCUCACAGUUGCUGUGAAAACACUAAAGGAAGAUACCAUGGAAGUGGAGGAGUUCUUGAAAGAAGCUGCUGUGAUGAAGGAAAUCAAGCACCCAAAUCUAGUGCAAUUAUUAGGUGUAUGCACCCUGGAGCCACCCUUUUACAUUGUGACGGAAUAUAUGCCUUAUGGGAACCUGCUGGACUAUCUACGAGAAUGCAACCGGGAGGAGGUGAGCGCUGUCGUGCUGCUCUACAUGGCCACUCAGAUCUCCUCUGCGAUGGAGUACUUGGAGAAGAAGAAUUUCAUCCACAGGGACCUAGCGGCUAGAAACUGCUUGGUAGGAGAAAACCACGUGGUAAAGGUGGCUGACUUCGGCUUAAGUCGAUUGAUGACUGGAGAUACCUACACAGCUCAUGCUGGAGCCAAGUUUCCUAUCAAGUGGACAGCACCUGAGAGCCUGGCCUAUAACACCUUCUCAAUUAAAUCAGAUGUGUGGGCCUUUGGGGUGCUAUUAUGGGAAAUUGCCACUUACGGGAUGUCACCAUACCCAGGUAUUGACCUCUCACAGGUGUACGAUCUGCUGGAGAAGGGAUAUCGGAUGGAACAACCAGAGGGGUGCCCUCCAAAAGUUUAUGAACUGAUGAGGGCAUGCUGGAAGUGGAAUCCCCCAGACCGACCAUCCUUUGCUGAGACCCAUCAAGCCUUUGAAACAAUGUUCCAUGACUCCAGCAUCUCUGAAGAGGUGGCAGAGGAGCUUGGAAGAACAGCCUCCUCCUCAUCCAUAGUUCCCUACUUGCCUCGGUUACCCAUGCUUCCCUCCAAGACUAGGACUCUGAAGAAACAGGCAGAAAACAAGGAGAAUAUUGAAGGAACACAAGAUACUGUGGAGCAUUCGGCUUCCAGCUCAGCACCAGGGUUUAUCAGAAGCACACAGCCAACCAGUGGCUCUCCAGCACUGCCUCGCAAGCAACGGGACAAGUCCCCCAGCGGCCUCUUGGAAGAUGCUAAAGAGACCACUUUCACCAGGGACAGAAAGGGUGGCUUUUUCAGCUCCUUUAUGAAGAAGAGGAAUGCCCCCACGCCUCCAAAGCGUAGCAGUUCCUUCCGUGAGAUGGAGAAUCAGCCCCACAAGAAAUAUGAGCUCACGGGUAACUUUUCAUCUGUUGCUUCCUUGCAGCAUGUUGAUGGAUUUUCUUUUACUCCCACCCAGCAGGAUGCAAGCCUGGCCCCAGCCAAGUGCUACGGUGGGGGCUUUGCACAGAGGAACUUCUACAGUGAUGACAGUGGUGGUACCAGCAGUGGUGGGAGUGCAAACACUGGUGGUGGGUGGUCAGGCAUCACAGGUUUCUUUACACCACGCUUGAUUAAAAAGACACUGGGUUUACGAGCAGGGAAACCCACGGGUGGCGAAGAAGCUUCAAAGCCUUUUCCAAGGUCAAAUUCUACAUCUUCCAUGUCUUCGGGGCCUCCCGAGCAGGAUAGGAUGGCAAUGACUCUUCCUAGAAAUUGCCAGAGGUCAAAAAUCCAGCUGGAAAGGACAGUGUCCACCUCCUCUCAGCCAGAGGAGAGUAUAGGUAGAUCCACUGACCUGCUUCCCAAAAGGCUUGAAGAAGGCCCUGCUCUGACCAGAGAGAGACCGAAAGCCAAACUCUUGCCAAGAGGUGCCACUGCUCUUCCAGUCAGAACCUCUUCAGGGGAUUCAGCUGUUGCAGAGAAGGACUGUCCAGGUGUGGCAACAACCCCUAAGAGCAAAGAAAAAAACAGUGGUACACGGCAAGGUGCCCUAGAAGAUGGAGAGAGACCAGGGUGGUCUUCUCCAGCAAAGGCUGCAGCAAUACUUCCAACCACUCAUAACCACAAAGUGCCAGUCCUAAUCUCACCCACUCUAAAACAUACUCCAGCAGACGUGCAGCUUAUUGGCACAGACUCUCAGGGUAAUAAAUUUAAGCUCUUAUCUGAGCAUCAGGUCACAUCUUCCGGCGACAGGGACCGGCCCAGACGGGUAAAACCAAAGUGUGCCCCACCUCCACCACCAGUGAUGAGGCUCCUGCAGCAGUCACCCGUUUGCUCAGACACAGCAGAAGAGUUGAGCAACACCGCAGCGGCACAGCAUGGACUGGAAACAAGUGAAGGUGGUAAAAAGGCAGUGGUGGCACAUGGUGGUGGAAAAGCUGGGAGGCCCAUGAUGCCUCCCCCUCAAGUGCCUCUGUCAUCAUCUUCCACCUCACCAGCGAAAAUGGCCAAUGGUACAGCAGGUGCUAAAGUGGCAUUAAGGAAGACCAAACAGGCAGCUGAGAAAAUCUCAGCAGACAAAAUCAGCAAAGAGGCACUGCUGGAGUGUGCAGACCUCCUCUCGAGUGCCAUUGCUGAACCAACGCCAAACAGCCAGCUGGUGGAUACAGGGCACCAGCUGUUGGAUUACUGCUCAGGCUAUGUGGACUGCAUCCCACAAACACGCAACAAAUUUGCCUUCCGGGAAGCCGUGAGCAAACUGGAACUCAGCCUGCAGGAACUGCAGGUGUCUUCAACAGCUGCUAGUGUGCCCGGAGCAAACCCCGUCCUUAAUAACUUAUUGUCAUGUGUCCAAGAAAUCAGUGAUGUGGUUCAAAGGUAGCUACUGUCAAUCUGGGUAAAGGAAAAAUUACACAUGGAGGGGAAACUCUGUUCCUGUAUUGAUGCUUUCAAAAGGCAAGACUGAUACUUGAGUGAGUUUUUGUUAAGUACCUCAGAUCACUGAGUUCUCCUCACGUUUACAGAUUCAUCUCAAAAAUAGAGAGAGGGAGGGAGGAGACACUGGAGGAAGGGGUGUGUGUGAGAUUGAAGCUGAAAGGGCAGAAUCUCAAGAAUUUUCCCUAACCAGCACAUCUGAUUUACUUGUGUCCGCAAGUGAGAGAAGUUCCUUGCUCUUGCCUGUAAGAGGCAGGAGAAUCGAUGGUGGGUUCUUUUGGUAGGGAGGGGUUUCCACGUGCUGUCCAGAGUCCUGGAGUGACUGCAUGGCCAGCUGGCUGUACAGAUCCUCCCCUUUCUGCACUAAUGCAUAUUUUGGCCUCCAGAGAUCACAAGGGAAAGGCAGUAGGGCACAGUUGGUACCUAAUGCUGGGAAUUCUGAGCCUGAGUCCCAGAGGGGGGAGUGUGUGUGUGUGGUUGUGGGGAAAGAGGUGUAACGCACUGAUGGUGUUCAGAGCUGCUGGAGUGGAUGCACUAGCCCAGGUGGCAUACUUCCACAGUACUGUUGCUGCUGUAGUAAGAACUGCAAAAUGAGUUAAUAUAUUAAACUAACCGCUUUCCCUCCCACCCACUUCAUGCCAUUACACAUUUUAUAUUUGAAGCAUCAGGCAUGCUGGGCAGAUUUGCCACUGAUGACCUGUCCCUGCCCUCCCGCCCCCAAACCACAAACACAGUCUUCACUUUGGUUGACUCUACCCAUUUCUGGUAGUCUAGCAUGGGUGCUACCUGACAGUUGGUCACUUGUGAGUAGUUUAAGGCUGUUGCACAACUUACCAGAGUCUGUUGAUAAACUGUAGAUUAUUUUUAACUUUGGUACAAUGUUGGUUCCUUCUUCUGUGUGGUCACCUGGAGAUGCACAGUUGCCAAGGCACUGCCUCCUGUCAAUGCAGAAUCUCACUGCUCUCUACAUUCCUUUGUAGCAUUGAAAGUGUUGACACUAAUACAGCCAGCUUGGGAACCAGCCAUAUAGCCUUACUGGCCCUGUAGUCCCACUGUGUAACAGCCUUCUCAGCAUGUCUGACCCCCAACAUAGCAUUAGGUUUGCGGGAGUUGCUCCACAAGCCCUGGCCUUUCCAAAUCACUAGGCUGUAAAUAUAAGUAAGAUAUACCAGAUGUCUCCACAGUCUUUUUUUAAAAUGCUAGAUAUCUGACAGCAUUUUGUUCUGUGGAAUGUAGACAGUUCUUCCUACUAUAGCACAGCAGAAUGUGAUGAUGAUCCAACUGCUGUGUUUUAUAGAGCACCAGUGUUUGUGUUGACAUUCAUCAGUUCUGUAGUGAAUUAAAAAGCUGCUGUCUAAUGGGGUUACAUGGUGACGGGGGUCAGUAAUUGCCAUAGGCCAUAUCCUGAGCUCCUUACUGUUUUAUUCAGCCUCCCAUCGAAGCCCUCGGGAGCUUGCCUGAGUAAGAGCUUCACAAUUGGGCCCAGUGUGUGUGGAAAAAGGCCUUGCCUGCUAUUUGUGCUGUCACUUAAAAGGAGACAAUGUGUGACCAAAGCACCACUGCAGGAUGGCUCCAGUACAGUAUGCUCGGUCUCUCUCUAGGGUUAUGACUGCUC